AUGUCUGAACCGAGAGACAGAGAGGAUGAGAAUCUACCGAAUUCACCACAGGAUCCUGUUUUGAACAGACAAGUUUCUGACGACAACGAGUACGGAGGAAUGACCCAUGAUCAAUGGUUAUACGUUCAAAUGUAUUUUGGCCAUUCGUCCAAUGGAACUUCUGUGAACGUGGCAACGGCAGCCGUGGCUCCUGCUCAGCAGGUUGGAGCUUCACAAUCAGCAAGUGCUGAUGAAAGCCCACCUGGAGGAGUUGUAGCUGAUGUUGAACAAAUGAAAGAUUUGAAACCCCCGCAAAACGAGAUACCAGAACUCGCUGAAGCACGAUGCAUCGAUGAUGCUCAGUAUGAGCACGACUCGGCUCCAGUGAAUCCAGUGAGUGAUAUAGAUAUGAAGAUGGAGACGAAUUCGCAGGAAACUUCCUCUAACACAUCUAGAAAAGAAAUGGUUGCUGUUGCGGAAAUGGCUGAAACAUUUCAAACCCCAGAGAAUGGCCUGGAGCCCCCGGUAAUCGCGGCACCAGAACUGGCUUCACCACUACACGGCGACAUUAAUGCUCGGGAAGUUUCCGAGAGUCUUCUAAGAAUGGAAGAUGAAAGACAGACUGAAACUGAAACUGCUGACCUCGAUGCACAAGAACAUGAAGAAACUGUCUCGCAGGGUACACAUGGGGCCACGCCACUAGCAAAAAUUGCACAUGACUCUGAGCAACACAUAGAUAAUAUUCCAGAGAGAGCGUCCUCUUCCAGAGACAUGAUGACUGCAACUUCUGAAACUUCACAAGCUCCAGAGGUAAUUCCCAAUCUACCAUCAAAACGACGGGUUCCUCGCAAAUAUCCAUUUCUAUCUCUUGGAGUGAUUAGCCAACCUUCAGCAAAUCCUCGAAGAAAUCCCCGGCUUCCAAUUGAAACUGAUUAUCCAAUUCGACGAGGAAGACGAUAUCCUCACAGGAAUGGAAGUAUUCCCGUGGACUACAUCACGCUAGGCGACUCAAACGACGAAAGCUCUUCAAAUCAGAUUCCGACUUCACCAUCACGGCGACAGUCUCGCAGAAAUCAUAAUAGUCGUGACGAAGUUGUAAGUAUUUGUUAG